AUGAAGGAGAAUAAAAGCAAGUCAAUGAAGGAGAAUGCGAGACAAAAAGAGGAAGGACAACAAGAGGUUGAAAAAGCUGGAGAUAAGGAGGUGAAUCUAGUUCAUGAUCCAUAUUAUAAUUAUGAUGAUCUGGAAAGUAGACAAUGUGCAAUUCAAGAGAGCCGUCAUGAUGUAUUCCUUAGUGAAUGGAUAUGGGAAAUUCAUUUUCAUAGGAAUGAGAAGUUGAAGAUUGCUGUCAAAUGUGCAAAAGAUUGCCCUUGGAUGUGUGUUGCUGGCAAGAUGUAUGAAUCAAACAACAUCCAAAUCAAGACAGUCAUUGAUGACCACACAUGUGGGAGAACUUGGGCAAAUAAGAACAUGACUGCGUCUUUACUCACAGAUUUGUACUUGAAUCGGAUAAAGCUCAAUCCUACAUGGCCUGUCGAAUCCUUUUUAUCCACUGUGGAAUCCGAGUGGAAUCAUGGGUGUACAAAGAUGAAGGCUUAUAGGGCAUUGAAUAAAGAUUUCAAGAUUAUUGAGGGGAAACAUGCAGAGCAAUAUACAAAACUAUGGGAUUUUGUUGAGGAAGUAAGAAGAACUAACCCUGGAAGCAUUGUGAAGUUGAAGUUGGAUGAGGGAAGUCAUACUAGUGCUAAGGCAAAAGCCUAUUAUAACUAUGCCGCAAAUGAUUCACACUAUGUUGAUGAAGAUAAUUCAAAUGAGGUGAGGUCUAAUGAUGAAGCAAGAAGGACCAAAUUUCAAGUGGAUGCUAGAGGUGGGGAACAAUAUGUGGUGGACUUGGUUGACAAAACAUGCUCUUGUAGGAAGUAUGACUUGAUAGGAAUACCUUGUAACCAUGCAAUAUCUGCCAUCCAUUUCAAGAGAGAAAAACCUGAGGAUUAUGUGAAUGCUUACUAUUCAAAGGCACGGUACUUGGAAGUUUAUUCUCACUUAAUAAUGCCAAUGAAUGAUAUGUCAUUGUGGGAGGAUAUUGAAAACCCACCAAUCUUGCCUCCAUUAUAUACAAGGCAUCUUGGAAGACCAAGGAAGAAAAGAAACAAAGAAGCUGCUAAAUUGGAGAAAGAUGGUGAACAAAUUCCCACCAACCCAUCUAAUAAUCUUGAAGGUCCUCCUAAGCCACUUAAGCUAGGAAGGAAAAGGUAA